GAAGGAGUACAUCCAUUAUUUGUUGGCCCUAAUUGGAUGGCACAAGUGAGAACACAUUUCCAUUGUGGUCCAAAAAAAGAGAAAUUAUAUAUUUUCUCUUAUAAUAAAUACAUUUUAAUUCCUUCAUAAACAGACUGUGAGGACAACGAACCGAACUCCCGCUGUGGAGGUUCGGUGGGAGUCAGGUGGUGGGACAUCCUCCUGAAGCGGGAACAGUGCCAGCGGGAUGCGGGAGUAGGAGGAGGACAUAACAGAAACUGGCGGCAGAAUCAAAGGAACCUCACUGUCUCCGCAGCGAAAACAGCUGCUUCCGUCCUGUCGCGUGCCGCAGUGCCGCGUGGGGGUGGGGCAGGCUACCUGUCACGGUCAGAUGGGCGGUGUUUUCGGAGUGGGGGGCGGAGCCGCUCGGACAUGAGUAAAUGACGUCAUCUCCCAGGUCUCCGGAGCACAGAAACAAACAUGGCGACAGAAUGGAGCGGGCAGCAGGGCUACGUUCUCACGGUCGUUAUCUGUCUGUGGAGCGCGGUCAGCGGCCGGACACAGACGGCGGCCGCGGCGAGCUCCAGCGGCAGCCAGGUCCUCGGCAUGCGGCUGGAGAGGAGCGACAAGCCGUCCGGCACCAAUGACGACGGCGUCAUCCAGGUGACCGAGGAGAGCACCGUGCAGCUCCGGUUCUACGGGGUGCAGCUGCACUCUGGCGCCUGGACGCAGAUCCGCUUCACGGAGCUCGCGGAUGGAGGCGGCGGGGACCAGGAGGAGGAGGACGAGGAGGAUGGGGAGGCGGAUGGGGAGCCGCGGCGGGAGGCGGCGGCGGCCAGGCUGAGCAGCGCGCGGGGCAGGACCUGUGUUGACUUCACGAAGGACAUCAGCGUCGGUCACUUCAUGAACGUGAGCAGCCGCGGCACGUCCGGGCUGCUCAGCGUGCACGUGAAGCCGCUGCGCAAGAGCGAGCCCUGGAAGGAAUACGCGCUGUGCACGCCGAGCGAGGACGGAGCCCGCUGGCUGCUGCUGGGGGACAGCGACGGCAGGGUGCUGGUGCUGGAGGAGAAGAAGUCCCUGCUGCCCAUGUGGCUGCAGGCCAUCCUCAUCUCGUGCCUGCUCGUGCUGUCCGGCAUGUUCAGCGGCUUGAACCUGGGCCUCAUGGCGCUGGACCCCAUGGAGCUGCGCAUCGUCCAGAGCUGCGGCACCGACAAGGAGAAGAAGUACGCCCGGAAAAUCGAGCCGAUCCGCCGCAAGGGGAACUACCUGCUGUGCUCCCUGCUGCUGGGGAACGUGCUGGUCAACACCACCCUCACCAUCCUCCUGGACGACCUGAUCGGCUCCGGCCUGGGGGCGGUGGUGGCCUCCACCAUCGGCAUCGUCAUCUUCGGGGAGAUCGUGCCCCAGGCGCUGUGCUCCCGCCACGGGCUGGCCGUGGGGGCCAACACCAUCCUGCUCACCAAGUUCUUCAUGCUCCUCACCCUGCCGCUGUCCUUCCCCGUCAGCAAGCUGCUGGACUUCCUGCUGGGACAGGAGAUCGGCACCGUCUACAACCGGGAGAAGCUGGUGGAGAUGCUGAAGGUGACGGAGCCCUACAACGACCUGGACAAGGAGGAGCUCAACAUGAUCCAGGGCGCUCUGGAGCUCAGGACCAAGACCGUGGAGGACGUCAUGACCCCCCUGGACAACUGCUUCAUGAUCCAGGCGGACGCGGUGCUUGACUUCAACACCAUGUCUGAGAUCAUGGAGAGCGGCUACACGCGCAUCCCCGUGUACGACUACGAGAGGUCCAACAUCGUGGACAUCCUGUACGUCAAGGACCUGGCCUUCGUGGACCCGGACGACUGCACGCACCUGAAGACCAUCACCAAGUUCUACAACCACCCGGUGCACUUCGUGUUCCACGACACCAAGCUGGACGCCAUGCUGGAGGAGUUCAAGCAAGGUAAAUCCCACCUGGCCAUCGUUCAGAAGGUGAACAACGAGGGGGAGGGGGAUCCUUUCUACGAGGUGCUGGGACUGGUCACUUUAGAGGAUGUCAUCGAGGAGAUCAUCAAGUCGGAGAUCCUGGAUGAGUCUGACCUUUACACUGACAACAGAAACAAGAAGAAGGUGGAUCCUCAUAAAAACAAGCCCGACUUCUCUGCCUUUAAACACGACGGGGAAAGUAAAGUGAAGAUUACUCCUCAGCUCAUGCUGGCGGCACAUCGCUUCCUGGCCACAGAGGUCACUCUGUUCAGCCCGUUCCAGAUCACAGAAAAAGUCCUGCUGAGGAUCCUCCGACACCCAGACGUCAUCCAGGAGCUGAAGUUCAACGAAAACGACAAAAGAUCGCUGCAACACUUCCUCUACCAGAAGGGCAAACCUGUCGACUACUUCGUACUCAUUCUGCAGGGACGAGUGGAGGUGGAAGCUGGAAAUGAGAGCAUGAAGUUUGAAACUGGUCCGUUCUCCUACUAUGGAGUCAUGGCUCUGAGCACAUCGUCACUGGCUGUUACCCCUCCCCCCUCCCCAUCAGUGGCGUCCCCCCCUCCACGCCGCCUCUCUCUUAAGAGGUUUUCCUUAUUCUCUCGUUUCCCAGAGUUCCGUUCUCCAUCACAUGGAGGUAACCUGAACCGCUCGGCAUCCCUGAGCUGCACCGAGCGCGCUCCAGAGAGCAGCUCCAUCGGCGGGAGCAACACUCAGAUCCCAGGAACCCCCUUCCAGUACGUACCGGACUUCAGCGUCCGAGCCCUCACAGAUCUUCAGUUCGUCAAGGUCACUCGUGCUCAUUACCAGAACGCUCUCCUGGCGUCGAGGCUCGACAGCACGCCACAGUCUCCAGAAGGCAGCCACGCCCACUUGGACAUUUCAGUUUCUUUGCCUCCCUUUGCACAAAUGGGCACACACACCCUGCCGCCGUUGGCCACGCCUCCUGCGAGACACCCACAGUUCAACGCUCAGCCGACGCCACCGAGCGGCCGCACCACCUUCACCAUCGGCACCUCCUCCUCCGGUCGCAGGCCGAGCCAGUCUGUGCCCCAAGUCAACCCGUCUCUCAACAGCCACUCCUCGGCCCUGUCCCAAACGUCUCCCUCCUCUGUGGGUCCUCCUCUGACCUGCGUGUCCUCCAAAUCCCAGCAGUCCCUUCCCUCUGAAAGUCCAGAGCAUGGUCCAGAGGAGACCACCACUCUGCUCAAUGAGCAGCAGAACUGUGUUGGCCUCAGCCAGCCUCCCUCACAUGGUCACUCUGUCAGUCACGCACACACUGAAAGCACCAUUUAACUCAAGUACCUCUAGAAAAACUAGAUCUUGUUCCUUUACAUUGCUUGCGUCCUAAACGUGUGUACUCGAGGGAAACGGAGGAUCAGCACAUUUAAAACUUCAGAGAUCCUCCAUCAUCCCUUCCUGCUUGUUCCCCUCUUCACGUCGACAAAACACCAAGAACUCCGUUCACUGAAGGGACAAAAACAUUAGUGGGUAAGAAUGGGUUGGUCUAUGUGUCUUUUAGUUGACCCAGAGUCUUUCUGACUUGUUGAUCAUUUGAUUUGUGCCUCUUUUUGGUGCAAAGAAGGUAAAUGGAAUAGAAUCAUGGUGCUCAAAAUGUAGGAAACUAAUAUUUUAUUGACAAAAUAAGACACUCUGAUUAGCAAUAUUGUGGUUUAGGGGACAGAGUUUGAAACAUUGACCUGACUUGAUGAUGAAACUCAGUGGUACCAAAUGGACGAGCGUAAAGGCAGCUUUAUCAUUCGCACCAAAGUAUUAGUGUGUAGUGACCAAAACUACACAAUUACUAACAAACCUUCAGCCAACUGCAAUAAGUUGACUUCACCUUCCAUCUCCAUCUUCUUAUACAUCGUAGUCAUUGCACAAAUCAUGUCAGGACAGGAAGAAGGGUAGAGUUCCAGAGGGAUGCUGGUGUAGAGCCUGAGUCAUUCAGGUCACACUAAACGUUCAGUUUUUAAGACAAGUUUUUCUCAGUUCAGCUGAGAGGAAGACUCAGCUGUUCCUCUUCAUCUCAGGGACCAGAGGCGCUUUGUUAAAGACAGUAAUGUUUAGGAUUUAGACAGAGAGGCUAUAGUUAAAGAAGGAAGCAAAACAAGGACAUCAUGUCAAACAAUCAAGAUAAACCAAGGAGCAGGUCUGAAGCUUCAUCUGUCCUGAAAACACAACAGUUUUGACUUUAAACCUUCGAGUAUCUCAUAAAGGUGGGAAUCUAUAAACAGGUAAAUGUAGAUUUCAUACUCAGAGCAGCUCACAUUAAUUUAAAAGCUCCUUCCUGGUGAAUUACAGUUUUUUGGGAAUUUGGCGAGGAGUUUGUUUCUGUCAGCUGUGAACCCUGAAAAUAAAUAUUAAGAAACAUAAACUAAAAGCAGAGUCAUCCACUCCACUAACAUAAGUUUCACUCUGAUUUGACAGAUUUUUGUUUUUAGGUAAGUUUCCCAUUGAACAUCAGUUCACCACAACACAAUCAGAACCUGGUAAACCUUUACAAACACAAACUGCUGAAGUGAUGUUGUUGUUUAUAUGUUUAUAAAAGCUGUUAGAGGACUAACAGUGUAUCCACGGUGGGGUUCAUGGCUUUACAAACAGAUUAAUUCUCCAGGCUAAAGCAAAGAUCCCAGUGUUUGGUUCUCAUGUAUCAGCUGCACUUUGUCCAGAGCUUUGAAUGAAAUUUCCAUUUACCUUUUGUUGUAUUUUGGAGGCACAUUUCAACACUCCUCUUGGAUAAAACCAAAACUUUUGGUUUCGUUUAUUUAUUUAUUUAUUUAUUUAUUUAUUUGUCAUUUUUGUGACCUGACAUUUUGAAACCUGCACAGGGUAAAAACUGGAGCGUUGUGUCCUCCUCACGUGUUUUCAGGGUUUUUUUUUCAUGUGUUUCCAAAGACUGAAUCUUCCAAAGUAAUCAAACCACGGUGGCUUUAUUUCUUUACACCACACAGGGUUUUUAGUUGCUCCUUUAGCUCAGUUUGUUUAUUGAAGCUGAAAUUUAAAAUCAGAGUUGUGAACAAAUAUGUGUCAGGGACUGUAAAGUGUCUGCAGUGGAAGGUGAAACAGUUCUGCAGGUCUUAACUCGUGAGGCAGCAGGUUAAACCACCUCAUUCAGGGUUUAUUCUUUUUCAAUAAGAAACUAGGAUUAUAAAGUCUUCUUUUCCUUGUGACUUGAAGGCCAGUUCAAUCUCAGCUUAAAUAAAUGAUCAAAGUAAAACCAAACUGAUGGUUUGGAUUUAGGGAAUGUUUAAAAAAAUAUCUAAAAGAAAAGAAAAAAUGAAGAAAAUCUUAUUUUAUAAUCUGUCAAUCAACAAAAAUAUCAUCUGACAGAAUCAGCACUUGAUUUAAUUAAAUAUUCAAUUAGCUGUCAGAUAUAAAAAAUACAAAAAUGUAUCUUAACACAAGUAAUACAAAAUGAUAAAUAUAGAUUUAAAUGUAAUUAUUUUAAAUAAUAAAAUUGAAUUAUUUUCAUGUUUAAUUGUACAUUUUUUAAUGUUUUUAACUAAAACAAAGAAGUACUUACAAGCUAAUUUCACAAUGAAUUACAGUAUAUCUAUAUUAAUUCUGUAUGUUUUGAUUCACAAUAAAGUUAAAAAAUACCCUUUAGUCAAGGUUGAUCUGUUUCUGAUCAAAUUAUCACUUAGGUUUAAAUGCUUGAUUAUUAUUAUUGUUUUUUAACAGAACUAAUUAUAAAAGCUUAAUAAAUCCUAGAGUAAAGUCCAGUUUUUAAGUCUGAAAAUGUCAGUUUGUGAUGAAUUUAAAAAGGUUAUUUUGUAAUAAAUGAUUUAAAACCUGUGGAACCUGUGGUAAACUGGUCUGGGUUUUAACAGGCCUUUCACCAAGUUUUAAAACUGAUAUUUUAAGAGUGUUUAGUUUACUUUGUUUACAUUGUUGGUGGAAGUUUUGUCUCAGUGAAGUGUUUCGAGCAGCUGCUCCACAUGUUGAGGUACGACGCGUUCACUGACCUGCCCCACGUCUUCAAUUACGGUGCGUUCACUGACCUGGUUCUAAAUGACAGAUCUCUUGUUAUUUUUCUGGAUGUUUUUCAAUCAGCUGUUUGUUUUUGGGGAUCUUUCUACCUGAUGGUUGAAUUAGGUGGAAAUAAAAACCAAAGGUUUCUGGGCUGGUGUCGUACGGCAGCACUGCUCUCCUUUUCAGAUUAUUCUAUAAAUGGUUUUUAAAUAUCUGUGUUUCAUUUAGCAGAGAAAAUAGGUCAGAACCAUUUAUUUUCAAAAGGUUGUCAAAUUUAUUGUUCUUGUGAAAACAAUUUAAAGACAGAUUUGUGACGUUUC